UUGACCCCCGAGUCGAGUUCUAAUUUCUAGAACGCAGACUAAUUCAGAUCCAACCAGACCGAGCGGAGAGCGGACGUCGACGACCAUUCCAUCGGAAGAACUGAUGGAUCUGUCGCUAACCUUACAUUUCCAUUCCCAACGUAUCGAUCUCAUUUGAAAGGGAUCUCCUUCUUGGAGACGAAAGACCAGCAAGGGUUUAUUCUUCUGUCGAAGGGAAUCGACGCCGGGAACUGAGACGCCAACAGUUCGAUGAACCUGCUGUGAGAGUGGAAGUGGACGGUGAUCAGCGGUGGCAAGUUGACUUCGACCAAGGCAGGGUGGUUCACGAUGGGGCUUCGACGCAGUGAGUUAUGCAGUGUUUGUGAUCAUUCCUAAGGUUUCUUUCUGGAAAUUUUCUCUGAUUUGGCGAGAAGUCAUUUUGAAGCUUGUGUUGGCUGAAGUACACUUGAUAGAUGGAUGCUGCUGCAAUAAAAAAAGUGGGUGUCUCCUACGGUGAGACACAUGAUAUCCAAAUAGCUGGAUUGGAUUUGGGAGUGUUUGUUGGGGAUUUGGCUUUUGAGGAGGAUGCAAGCAGUGACGAUGUGUCAUUGGAUGGACUACAGGAAGAGCUGGAAGAAUGUAAGAAAGAUGAAGUGGUUACAGAUAUUUUGUCUAAAGGCACAAAACUAAGGGAGUACACUAAGGGUGUUGAGAACAACGUACGGAAAGUUGAACUGAAUUCAAUUCAGGAGUAUAUAAAGGAAAGUGACAAUUUAGUUUCCCUUCAUGGUCAAAUUCGUGAUUGUGAUAGUAUUUUAUCCCAGAUGGAAACCCUUCUCAGUGGAUUUCAGGAGUUGAUACUGACAUUGCUUCACCCUGCCCACAACAUUAUGAAUGAAGGAUUUGGAGCUGUGAUAUAACAAUCAUUUUGCUCUACAACUAUUAUAAGUUAUAACAUCCCUUUGUUUCCUUGUCAAUAAGGACAAUGGUUGUCCUAUCUUUCUUCUUUUCUUUAGAUCUUUCAUGUAUAUUUGAUGUUGGGUGUGAUGAGGUGUCCUAGGCUACAAGAGAACGUUAACACACCUACAGAAAUCCAGAAUUGCAGUGACCAAUUCACACAAUAUGUGGACAGAAUGUAAAUGAACCAAGAACUCCCAAUCUAGCCGAUGGAUGAGGCUGAUAUUAUAGUCGAUGGCAGACCUUGUGGGGAUGGUCCUGUUUUUAAAAUCUCAGACUUAUCCAGUGGAGAAAAUAGGGAGAAACAAACAGAAUAAGAAAAUAGAAGGUUAAGAAAUCAGAAAUUGGAAGGUAACAAGAAACUAGUGCAGUUUUAAAUCCAACAGUCUGAUCAAGUCCAGACUCCAGACUUGAUUGAAGGAACUAGGAAUGAGAUGAACAUCACAUCACAAUAUCAACGUAUUCUGAUGGUUAGAUCUUCUGAAAUCAAAGAAUGAAAAAUUAUUAGAUCAUGCUGUUAAAACUAACCUAUCGCAGGCACUAAUAGGGCUGGAAAUAUAUCAGAAUGUAUUAGUGGUUGAAGAACAGUAACAGUCCAAUAAAUAAACAUCAAGUGAAUAAUGAUAUUACCUGAUUUUGAACCACGAAAUUGAAGGGAUAUGCUGGAGUAUUGCAGGACUAGAGUGAGUAAAA